GUGGGAGGGACUUAUUCAGUGGAGAGGAGAGGAGAGAAAUUCAAACAACCAAACCCUACCCAGGCUACCUUGCCCUCGGCCUAGGUGGUCGAUCUGACGGCACAAAACAGAGUUAGCUCUCGCGAUACCAUCGUCGUUGGUUCUACCGAAUAGCGCCUGUUAGCCUGUAAUGGCAAUCGCUGAUCCCCCACCUUCUUUGGAGAUCUUAGUUAGAGAACCAGAGCAGUUUUCCCUUUGGACUGGUCCCCCUUUUAGCGAUGGUCAACCUCGUCUCAAGUUUGAAAGAGUUCCAUGCACCAGUUCUAAGUUUAGUGAAGAUGGAUCUAAACUCAUGGUGAUGAAAUCUGAUUCUGUAAUUAGCAUCUAUGAUUGCAGAAGCUCCAAAGAGAUAAGAUCCUUUGAAGUCCCAAAUGUUCUUGCAGCAACCUUGUCCCCUAAUGGGACUUAUCUACAAACCUUCCAGAUGUCCUCUUCACCAGAGGAAAAGAAUGUGAUCUUGUGGAAGACAGAGACUGGUGAUUCUGUUUAUGGUCUAUUUCAGAUGAACAUGAUAAAAACAACGUGGUCUUCAAUGCGAUUUAGCUCGGAUGAAGCCCUUGCUUGCUGUCUAGCAAGAAAUGAGAUACAAUUUUUUGAUCCUGAGGAUUUCUCAAAAGGAAUUAUAUAUCGACUUCGAAUUCAAGGAGUAGCUGCAGUAGAGCUUUCUAAGACACCUGGGUCCCAUGUGGCUGCAUUUGUAUCAGAAUCUAGGGAGGUUCCCGCCAGUGUUCAGAUAUUUGCUUGUGGGAAGGACUCGCAGAAGCAACCUCUUGCUCAACGAAUUUUCUUCUGUGGUUCGACUGUGCAGAUGAGUUGGAACUAUGGCUCUACAGGGCUUCUAGCUGUGGUGCAGUCAGAUGUUGAUAAAACCAACCACAGUUACUAUGGAGAAUCAAAACUAAACUACUUUACAACAGAUGGAACCCAUGAAGGCCUUGUGCCUCUUCGUAAAGAAGGGCCUUUACAUGAUGUUCAAUGGUCCUAUUCCGGUUCAGAAUUUGCUGUUGUUUAUGGAUUCACGCCUGCAAAGGCCACGGUGUUUGACAAGAAGUGCAAUCCUCUACUUGAGCUUGGAACAGGCCCUUAUAAUACUAUCAGGUGGAACCCAAAAGGGAGGUUUUUAUGUUUGGUUGGCUUUGGGAACUUGCCUGGUGAUAUGGCAUUUUGGGACUAUAUGGAGAAAAAGCAGCUGCGGACCACAAAGGCUGAAUGCUCAGUAACAAGCGAAUGGUCUCCAGAUGGAUGCUAUUUCAUGACUGCCACCACAGCUCCAAGACUACAAGUUUACAAUGCGAUUAAAAUUUUUCACCACAAUGGAUCAUUGUACUUCAAGAAAAAGUUUGACAAGUUGUAUCAGGCUGAAUGGAAACCAGAGUCACCAGAUAAGUUUGGUGAAAUUGCAGAACUCCCGAAGUCUGUGGACUCAUUAAAGGUUGAAGAACCCAGACCACGAGUUGGUUUGGGGGGGAGGUUACGUUUCUGUAAUUUCAUUCUGAUGAUUUUGGGGAGGUGGUUAUGUUUCUUUAAUGUCAUUCUGACGAUUUUUUGUAUAUUUCAAAUGACAGCUUUUUGGAGGAAGUCCCACGCAAGCAAUGAGCAAGAACGCUUUGAAUUAGAGCUACGUGCUACAUGAUUGCUCUGAAAUGGCUCUUCCCUGCAUCAUAAGUGAUCAACCAGGAUACCUUACCUUGUUAUCUCAGAGGCACUGGGCUUGGAUUUUACUACAGCAUGCAUUCUUGAUCGGUUCUUAACGUACUACUGUUUCUAAGCCACUUCAUUUCUUUUUGUUCGUUUUAACUGAAAGUUGUUCAUAAAAGGGAUGAAGGAUGUUUUAGAAAAUGUGUAACAUUAUUAGCUUGUGGUGGUAUUAUAUUCUGACUUGGAUGUUUAUGGCUACUACUCUUAGGGGAAUUGCUGGAAAAAUGUCUUUGUUUUGCUUGA